AUGGUCGAACCUGGCGCUCCUUCGAUGUCCGUAGGAGCGCGAGCUACUGUGGUUCUGGUGCCUCUGGCUGUCUGUUUUAUUGUCUCUUUCGACUCUAGCAAGGCGGCCCUUCUAACGCCUUUGGCCUUCUUGCCUACCGCGCUCUUUUACUAUGUAUGGGUACGCCAAUGUCAACACAUGCCAGCGCGGCGUGCCUAUCUUAACGGCCUGAUAUGGAUCUAUGUCCUUAUGGGCUCCCUGGGUACCAUUGUGCUCAGCAUUGCGCAGCUAAGCGCCCAUUUCCUCACCGUCUCCUUCUUGCUGGGCGACGCUGCGCCGGCGUACUGGAUCGAGUUCCUUCGUGGCACAGCCGAAGGACUCACGCACGAGGAACGUAUGCGUCGCGCUGAUAUGGCCGCGACAUGGCAAAACUGGGUGCUCAUGCUGCUCUUUUCGUACGUCAUGGCGGGCGGUAUGGAAGAAAUAUUAAAGUACAUGCCAAUCCUGUAUGCACGGCGGCAGUGCAACAAGCACAAGGCAUGCCGUCGCGAACCGAUGUACAUUGACUUUUCGAUUGCAGGCGGACUUGGCCUUGUGACCGUGGAAUGCAUUGGAUACAUUGUCGAUACGUGUCACAGCGGCUUGCCCGGGUGGGUAGCGCCCCUUGUGACGUUAGCCCAGCGCCAGGUCGCUGGUACUAUGGGCCAUGUCGUGGUGUCCCUUCUCACGUCGUACCGAGCCGCGCGUGCUGACCGACGUACCCUCUCCUCGUCCUGGUUCCGCAUCCUGCUGCCUGCGUUUGUCCUGCACGGCUCAGCGAUCAUGGCCGUGUUUGUCGCUUGCACGGUCCAAGGCCACGUAGGAUGGGUCCAUCCCACGGAAGUGAUCUCCAUUAUCGGCCUGUCUCCUAGCUUGGCAUGA